AUAUUGACCAAAUUUCAUUCGAUGAAAAAAAAAGUGCCUGAUCGCUGAUAAAUUCAUUGUUACACGUGGUUUCUCAUCCUAAAUAAUAACCUUCACAAUUUCAAAAUCUUACGUCAACUUUUAAGGGAAUUAUUUAUCUAUAUACCCAGUAUAGCUAGGCUGCAGUAUAAAGAGCGCCCCUAAUAAAAAUCAUAUGAGGAGAAGACAUUGAAGGGUGAGUCAUAUGCUACAAGCAGCGGUACCGACAACACUGCUAUCAACAGCGAAAAAAUGCGGAUGCCAUGGAACAAAUCCAAGCGUCAGCAAGAAGAGGAAGACAGCAGAUUGGAGAAGUUGAAACGCGAAGUCGAGAUAGAGGAGCACAAAUUAGCCCCCAAUGAACUCGCAAAAAAGUUUGACACGGAUAUCACUAACGGUUUGUCGAUGUCAGAAGCAGAAAAAAGAUUGGAACGCGAUGGCAGAAACGUUUUGACGCCUCCGAAAGAGACGCCCGUCAUUUUGCAAUUCCUGCAACAUCUGGUGGGAGGAUUUUCGCUUCUGCUCUGGUUCGGAGCCAUACUGUGCUUCAUCGUUUAUUGCAUAGAUGUCGCUACGAGCGAAGCACCAGCGCCAGACAACCUUUACUUAGGACUGGUUCUCACGUUCGUCGUGGUGUUGACGGCAAUCGUUUCAUUCUACCAAGAACGGAAAUCGUCGAAUGUCAUGAAGAGCUUCAAAAAGAUGGUUCCUCAAAAUGCUCUUGUUAUACGCGACGGAGUUUCACGUCCGGUUUUGGCCGAAACAUUGGUCAAGGGCGACUUGAUUAAGUUGAAGGGCGGUGAUCGUAUUCCUGCUGACAUCCGGGUCUUGGUCAGCAAUGGAAUGAAAGUCGACAACUCUUCCUUGACUGGCGAGUCUGAACCGCUCUUGAGACAACCCACAGUAUCGCAUGAAAACCCGCUCGAAACGCAGAAUCUUGCAUUUUUCUCCACGAAUUGCGUCGAAGGAUCUGGCACAGGUCUCGUUAUUCAAACAGGAGAUCGAACAGUAAUAGGGAGGAUCGCAGGACUUACUGCGGGAUUGCAAAGAGGGGCAACGCCAAUCGCAAAAGAAAUCAUGCAUUUUGUGCACUUGAUCACAGCUGUUGCAGUGGCUUUGGGUGUCAUUUUCUUCAUAAUUUCUCUCAUUAUUGGGUACUCCAUCAUUGAUGCUGUCGUGUUUCUCAUAGGCAUCAUUGUCGCCAACGUUCCAGAAGGCUUACUACUCACUGUGACGGUGAUGUUAACUUUGACAGCAAAACGCAUGGCGGCAAAGAACUGUCUCGUGAAAAAUCUAGAAGCAGUCGAAACCCUGGGGUCAACAACAACCAUAUGUUCCGACAAAACUGGAACUCUGACGCAGAAUCAAAUGUCAGUAGCUCAUUUGUGGUACAAUGAACACAUAAUCGCCGCGGACACUACGGAGGGCCAAGAAAAAACGAAGUCUGAAGUAGAUAUUCCAGACUGGAGAGCCCUCCUGAAUGUGGCAGCACUUUGCAGUAAAGCGAGUUUCAUUCCCGACCAGGAAAAGAUACCCGUCAUGCAACGGUCAGUCGCAGGAGAUGCUUCGGAGGCUGCUUUACUUAAAUUCUGCGAACUGAACCUGGACAAUCUAACCGAGUACAAAAAGAAGAGGAAAAAGGUCGCAGAAAUUCCGUUCAACUCAUCCAACAAAUAUCAGGUGAGUGUCCACCAUGACACGGUCAACGACUAUGACAUCGUGGUCAUGAAAGGUGCUCCCGAAAAGAUAUUAUCUUUCUGCACCACGUUCACGAGCAAAGGCAAAGAUUUGCCAAUUGACGCAACAUUCACCGAGUUUUUCAACAAGGCUUACUUGGAGCUCGGUGGCAAGGGAGAACGGGUAUUAGGAUUCGCUGACAAGAUCUUGGGAACUUCCGGUCAUUCUUACACAACCACUCCGGAACCGAAUUUCCCAUUAAAGGACUUGCGGUUCACCGGCUUGUUCGCCCUGAUUGACCCACCAAGAGCAGCUGUGCCCCACGCAGUCGAAAUGUGUAGAGAAGCAGGCAUAAAAGUAAUCAUGAUCACUGGGGAUCAUCCGAUUACGGCAAAGGCCAUCGCACAUCAAGUUGGGAUUCUUUCUCCGGAGAAAACCGCUGAUGAGAUUUCCGAAGAGACCGGUAAAUCCUGGUUCGAGAUCGAUCCCAAGACAGAAACCAAUGCGAUUGCUUUGCAUGGCAAUGAUCUGAAAACUCUAUCGCCCGAUGACCUCGACAGAAUCAUUGGGAGAUACUCCGAAAUCGUCUUCGCACGAACCUCUCCACAGCAAAAACUGCUAAUUGUUGAAAGUUGUCAACGCAUGGGAGAAACCGUGGCAGUAACAGGAGACGGGGUUAACGACUCCCCAGCUCUCAAGAAAGCUGACAUCGGGAUUGCAAUGGGCAUUGCUGGCUCCGAUGUAUCAAAACAAGCAGCGGACAUGAUCCUGAUGGAUGACAAUUUCGCCUCGAUUGUAACUGGAAUUGAAGAAGGGCGAACGAUUUUCGAUAAUCUCAAGAAAUCCAUUGCAUACACGCUUACCUCGAAUAUCCCUGAACUGAUGCCUUUCUUGGUGUACGUGCUGAUAGGUGUCCCCUUGCCUCUGGGUACAAUAACUAUCCUUUGCAUCGAUCUCGGGACUGACAUGGUGCCAGCAAUUUCUUUGGCAUAUGAAAAGGCAGAACAUGACAUUAUGAAGAGACCUCCACGGAGACGCGAGAGACUCGUGAACGUUAGAUGCAUUGCGCACGCGUACAUGCAGAAAGGCCCCUGGGAAUCUUUAACGGCUCUCUUCACUUAUUUUCUGAUCCUCGCUGAAAAUGGUUGGUUACCGAGAGAUCUCGUUGGGAUCAGAAACAAGUGGAGUUCACCAGUGGUCAACGAUUUGCAGGAUUCUUACGGACAGGAAUGGACUUAUCGAGACAGACUAAGGCUCGAAUUGACAUUUCAAGCCAUGUACUUCGCUGCUAUUGUCGUGAUGCAGUGGGCGAACUUGAUAGUAUCAAAAACCCGAAGGAACUCAAUCUUCACGCAGGGUAUGGGAAACUGGGUUCUCAAUUUUGCACUGGUGUUCGAGACCCUUCUAACAAUAUUCCUGAUCUACACACCGCACGUGAACGAAGCUCUGAAAAUGCAUCAAGCCAGACCUCAUCUCUGGCUGGUGCCUAUGCCGUUCUCGCUAAUCCUGUGGAUCGCGGAUGAGAUACGUAAAUGGGUCAUCCGAAGAAAUCCGACUGGGAUCGUUUACCGCGAUACUUAUUACUGAAAUGCCAGUCCAUCCUUGUUUUAGUCACCAAUUUUGAUUCAACGUUUAAACUCUCACCGAAAGAGAAACCGCACCUUUGUUUCCAAUGAUGUCACACAUGUAUUGUCAGACAAAUUAUACCAUUAAUACAGCACUAUCCUGCUUAUAAAAAAGCUCAUCUCAACGUAGUAUGCCAAAUCAAUUUCCGCA